UUCUCGUCUCAAUUUAUUCCAAUGUUCUAUUUCCGAAAACAUGACGUUAUGUGCGGCGAGGCUCGGCGAGUGCCUGACCUUAGACCUGGUCCUUAGGCUCGAAGGCGCAAAUGAGUCACCAUGAGUCGAGCUUCAUCACUCUCUAUCAACUCCCCGAUUGGGCUUCACAGGAGACGCAACAAUUUACAGCCUCGAUUGAGAUCCAAUACAAGACGAAUUGAGAGGUACAAGUAUUACUCUCCAUUCCUAUGUUCAUUGUCUCUUCAAUUCAUUCAUCAACAACGACAACUUUUACGCUUUAGUUGGAGAAGAGAGGGUUCUGCCAAUCAGUACACAAGUUAUGCCAGACGCAACGACAAACACGACAACGGCAGGCGCAAAUACCACUGAGCAGGAGCUCAGUUGCACAACAUGCCUUGCAAAUUUCGAGAGUAAGGAGGCGAAGAGAGCGCAUAUGAAAGAGGAGUGGCACGUUUAUAACCUGAAACGAAAGAUUGCUGCACUACCUCCGAUUUCCUUCAAGGUAUUCGACACGCAAGUGCUAGCCUCGGAAUCUGGAAGUGAGGAUGAGAGGUGGGAGGCACAUGCCAAGGCAAAGAACCACGUCAUGAGGUCCGACGAGCUGGAAUCUCUUGCACCGGAAGACUUUGCUUCACUCAGCCCUCUUUCGUCUAAUGAGGAAGAGGAUUUUGACCCGGCGCAAUGCCUAUUCUGCAACUUGGAGUCUCCUUCGAUGCAGGACAAUUUGAAGCAUAUGUCCGAGGCCCACACUUUCAUCAUCCCUUCCGCUGACCACCUCACCGACGUCCCCUCCCUGCUCCAUUACCUCCAUAUCCUGGUCUACGUCUUCCACGAAUGUCUUUUCUGUCAUAAGGAAAGAAAUACAAAAGCUGGAGCGCAGGACCAUAUGCGAGGGAAGGGGCAUUGCAAGCUCGAUCUUGACGACGAAGAGAGUGAGCUGUGGGAGUUCUAUGAUUUCGGUUCCGAAGGAAGCGAAAAGGGCGAUGUGGAGAUUAGAGACGGCGUGGUGAAGAUCGAAGAUUCGCUCCGUCUCCCAUCCGGCAAAGUCCUAGGUCAUCGAACGCAACCUCGAUCAUCCCAACGACAUCCCUCAACGCGACGACGCUCUAAAUCUCCUCAGCAACAUCUUCUCACUGAAAGUGGAGAUGAAGCUGAAAUAUCGACUGACACUACGGAAUCGAAGGAUCAGAAGGUGGUAUUGAGAAAAGGUGCGGAGAUGAGUCUAGCGGGAAUAUCAGGCCUGCAGCAACGGGCUUUGAUGGUGAUGGAGAGGCAGAGGGAGGGUCUUCAGGCUAGGGUCAGGAAUGAGUAUCAGGGCAGUCUGGAGAGAGGCGCGAAUAGGCAGAAGAGGUUUAGGGUCAAGCAUAUGGGGAAGAAGAGGGGUGGGUUGGAGAAGAGGUUGGGGUGAGGAGGUGCGGGAAGGAGCAUGAUAUAGGUCCAGCAACGAGGAGCGCUGCUUGAUGAGGACUGCAGAUGCAUUGCACACUGGCAGAGUACAGAUUGUACCGGACACCAAUUUAUGGGAACAAAUGCAGAUGUGCAUGCGGUGCCUCGUUCGGCAUCUUCCGGAGGGGCUUAAUGGGGGGCCUUAGGGGGGAAGAGUAUGCAACCCCUGGAUAUUGGGCUGGCAACGUUGCCCAGCACCAUUCAUUGACUGCACAAUAGUUUUCAACAAAUAAUAAAUGUUUACAGUAUCAGCAACACAUUUUCAAAUUCUCAUUCCAGCCAGAAUGUGAACUAGAC